AUGCCAUACGCCAUAGGUAAUAGUGAAACAGUAAAAAAUAUUUAUAAAAUAUUAUUUAACUUAUCACCAAUAAAAUUAAAAUAUUUACGAUUACAAUUAACCAUGCAAGAUACAAUUCCCGUGUUAAAUGGAUAUAGAGGGCUGCAGUGUCAUACGAUUACACAAGUUGAAUAUGGUGCUACGGAACAUAAUGAGGAUGCAACUGAUGGAGAUAUUAAUAAUAUGAUUCAAUAUGAUCCUACACAACCUUCAUCCUAA